CACAUCUCUUCCCUAACGGCACCUUCCAACGUGGCCUUCUGACCGCGUCAGGAGAGGACCCGGGUGCCUGGCGGUCCGGCUUCGGGCCACUUCUCCAACGACUCCGUGCACGGGUUGGACACCUGCACGCGCUUCCGCCGUGACGGUCUCCGGCCAGCGCGGCCUCCGCUCUGCGGCUGCAAGGCCAGCGGUGCUGGAGGUCAGGCUUGCUGGGAGCGGGCGAGGCAGCCGCGGGAGCGCGCUUCCCUUGGGGGGCCCGGCGACACGCCGGGCGCAGGAAGGAAGGGCGCGGACGCGGCGCCCGAGGGUCGGCCCGCGGAGGAGACCGGGGCAGCCGCUUUGCUUGGCAGGCGGGUGGAAGGGCAGUGACAGCUUCUGCCGAGGCCGGGCGGAGAGGGCUGCGCGGAGCGAGGAAGGCGAAGAAGCGCGGGCGGCUCGUCGCUCCCGGAAGAGGGCCGCGCGCCAGGCGCCUCAGCCGCGCGCCGAGCGAUCGAUAGCGGCGCUCCAUCGGCGGCGCUCGGAGGCGGGGCAGCGGGCAGGGGGCGCCACCCGGUGCCCGGAUGGAGGCGGGCGCCUGGCGGCGGGAGGGACGACCCCGAGGAGCGCGCCCCGUCGCGCGGUCUCCCCUCCCCGCCCCGCCCCGCCCCGCCGGCGCGCGUCCGCGGAUGCGCCGCCGAGCGCGGGCGUCUCGCAUGCCCCAGCAGCCUCGGGGACUCGAACCUGCGCCCCUGUGUUUUAACGCAGAGGCCGGUUUUCCGCUAUGGAGCGCGCCUUUACCCCGCUGGAGCCCCUGCUUCCCACUGGAAAUUUGAAGUUCUGCCUUGUAAUUCUUAAUCAGCCUCUGGACAAGUGUUUUCGCCAUCUUUGGGAAAAAGCUCUUUUAAAAGCCUGCGCUGAUGGAGGUGCCAACCGCUUAUAUGAUGUCACCGAAGGAGAGAGAGAAAGCUUUUUGCCUGAAUUCAUCAAUGGAGACUUUGAUUCGAUUAGACCUGAAGUCCGAGAGUUCUACAGUGUUAAGGGGUGUGAACUUAUUUCAACUCCAGAUCAAGACCACACUGACUUUACCAAAUGCCUUCAAGUACUCCAAAAGAAGAUAGAAGAAAAAAACCUACAGGUGGACGUGAUCGUGACCCUGGGAGGCCUCGCUGGACGUUUUGACCAGAUCAUGGCGUCUGUGAACACCCUGUUCCAAGCCACUCACAUCAUGCCUCUGCCAAUUAUCAUGAUCCAAGAGGAGUCUCUCAUCUACCUUCUCCAGCCGGGAAGGCACAGGCUGCUGGUGGGCACUGGGAUGGAAGGAAGUUGGUGCGGCCUCGUUCCUGUUGGGCAACCAUGCAGCCAGGUUACGACCACAGGCCUGAAGUGGAACCUCACAAAUGAUGUGCUUGGUUUCGGAACACUGGUCAGCACUUCUAAUACCUACGACGGGUCUGGUGUUGUGACUGUGGAAACCGACCAUCCACUCCUCUGGACCAUGGCUAUCAAAAACUAACCUGCUGACGGGCAUCCAGCGGUGUGCCUCUGCCUUACCUUAUUGCCAACGGUUUAUUGCUUUACAUGAACAAUUCAACUGGGUUUGGAGGAAUCUAAACUUCUGCAUGGAUGCCCACCUGUUUCAACCAUGUGAGGGGCUGAGGAUACAACUCGAUGACAGGGCACUUGUCUAGCAUACACAGGGCCUUGGGUUCAAUCCACCACACCACAAAACAUGAGUAAAAUAAAUAGAUGCUACUGUUUAUAUAACCCAAGUGACACUAUAAAUGAUAGAUCUCAGUUUUACUAUGGAAAAAUUAUUUAUGAAAGUAAAUAAGGUCUAUUACAUUUGAUUGGAAAACAUGUGGAUCAUUCCAUUAUAAAAUUCAGUACUGAUUAUUUAAUCUUCACUUAUCUUCAAAAACUGCUUUUAAUUUUGAAGCAGAAAAAAACUUCUAUUGAGGUUCCCCUUAGAACCUAAGCCAUCCUUAAAUGCCUGACAACAAGCUGCCUCUGAGUAUCUUCUAAUAUUAGAUUUUUCUAUAUAAUACAUAUUACCUUUUACCUGCAAAAAAGAAAUUCUUCCAGAUUGGUAUGUUCAAACUGAACCAUUUCACUCCAAUCUCAUUACUGUCUUCAGCUUAAAUAAUGUCAAGAAUCAUUGACCUCAUUGUUAGAUUUGAAACUAGGUAGAUUUGUAGUCUGUGGGUGAAAGAUAAAAAACAAUUCGUGAUAUCCUGCUUCCGUGUGAACCAUCAAAUUUGAAAG